AUGCAGGGAGAAAAACACGAGAACACGGAGGGGAGCAACACAGACGAAACAGCAACUAACAGAGGCAGACACGAGGAUUCUGGCAGGACAAAUGAUAAUGAGGUCAGGAUUGUGACAGUGGGAAAGACUGGAACUGGAAAGAGUGCUACUGGAAACACUUUUCUGGGUCACGAGUGCGCUGAAUCCAGAUUCAGCGCUGUGUCUAUGACUGUAGAGUGUUUAAAAGGCAAAGUUAAAGCAGAUGGACAUCGUGUUGCAGUCAUUGACACCCCGGGGCUGUUUGAUACCAGGUUUGAUAAGGAGAGAACAACUAAAGAUGUAUGCCAGUGCAUCUCCUAUGCUUCUCCAGGACCCCAUAUCUUCUUGGUGGUCGUCAGACUGGGCAGAUACACUGAAGAGGAAAAACAGACGGUGCAAAAGAUUCAAAAAAUCUUUGGCCACGCAGCAGACAAAUACAGCAUGGUUCUCUUUACCCAUGGGGACCUACUUGAAGGCACCACUAUUGAAGAGUUCUUAGAAGAAAGCUCAGACCUGCAGGAACUCGUGGCCAGAUGUAACGGUCAGUACCACGUCUUCAACAAUAAACUGAAGGAGCGCUCUCAGGUCACUGAGCUGAUCCAGAAGAUCAGAGAGAUAGUCCAGAAGAACGGAGGAAGCCACUACACCAACGAGAUGUUCCAAGAGGCUGAGAGGGCGAUUGAAGAGGAGAAACAACGCAUCCUGAGAGAGAAAGAAGUAAUGCGAGAAAAAAUUGAAAACAUGGAAAGAGAAAUACAGGAAAGAUAUAAGAAAGAGAUGCAGAAAUACAACGAAAAACUCCAGGCUGAGAGAGAGAGGGAGAGGAAGGACCGAGAGGAGGAGAGGAAGAGGGAGAGGGAGAGGGAGGAGAAAGAAUGGGAGAUGAAGAAGUUAAAGGAGAAGUGUGAGAGAGAAGUGGAGGAAGAAAGAUGCAAGAUUCAGUCCUGGUGUGAAAAUGAGGCCAGAGAUGAAGCUGAGAAGUUUAAUCCAUUAUAUCAUCUGAUACGAAUCGGAAACUCUACUUUGGCAGCCAAGGACUUCAUGUUAUCUGUGGACCAGGCCAUUGUGAAUGGCCAUAUCACUAUCUUCAGUGACGCACUUAUCCUGAUGUUUGGCUCUUACUACUGCAUGAACAUUUCUUAUCCAGUAGCCCAAGCAGCAACCUUGGAAUUCUUCAACGUCGCCCCGAGUGACGUCACCGCGUUGCACCUAUUUGCCACAGCAGAUGCCCCCGAUUUUCGGUAA